ACCCGGUCUCUGCAACGUUUGUGCAAGGAGCAGCUUCAAGACAAAGUUUUGCGCUUGUGCACGUACUUUGACAAUUCUCUACGACCUAAACUAACUUCUUAAGCCCCCCGAGCACACCAGACCAAGUCAAGACUAUAAAGACGACUGAUAGGCUGAAAAUAGAGCCUUCUGCUGGACUACAUCCAAGACUUAAAAGCUGAGUAACUUUUUGAGUUCAGUGUCUGGGCGUCUGAUCGGAAGAGAGCGACACUGCGGUUUCAGAGGAUGACUGAACGCAGCGUUGGAAGUGCGUUACAUCUGCGGAGCGCAAAGCUUUUGUUCUGUGGUCAUCCUGUGCAUUUGGACUAAAGAUGACGAUGAAGUUGAUCUUGAAACUCAGGUGGAUUGUUCAGGACAACCUUCCCUUUUAAAGGACUACCCAACAAAGGCGGCUGUCUCUGGUGGAUUACAGAGUUGCUCCCAGACAUGACUUUAGACGCCAAUAAGACUUGGAAGCUUUGGCUUUCAGAAGAAAUCUGAGCCCUAGAUGAGCUAAAUAUUGGCCCACAGACACUUCAUAGCAUUUACAGAGGCAGACCAUGGGCUUGUUAUGGUGUGUCAUCCAACUGAUUGCCUGUCUAUAGACCUUCUCUAGCAGCUUCUGUCCCACCCAUGUCAUACACUUUCCAGAAUUAUGGAAAUUUUGUGGAAGAUGCUGACUUGGACACUGAGCCUGAUGGUGAUGGCUGCUACUGAAUUUCAAGACACCAACAGGCUGUCACACAGUUCUCAAGAGGAGUUCCUGUCAUAUCUGCAGCACUAUCAGUUGACAGUCCCAGUACGAGUGGAUGAAAAUGGCAAGUUCUUGAGCUACACUGUGAAGCAUAAACAAUCGGGUCGAUGGAGGCGUGAUUUGGCUGAUCCUUCAUUUGGACCGCAACCUCUGCAAGACCCUUUUGAGUCCAGGCUGUUCUAUAGCCUGUCAGCUUAUGGAAAGCACUUUCACUUAAACUUAACACUCAACCCACACUUGAUGUCAAAACAUUUUACUGUGGAGUAUUGGGGGAAAGAAGGGUUGGAGUGGCGGCAUAACAUGGUAGAUAACUGUCACUAUGUUGGAUUCUUGCAAAAUCAGUAUAGUACAUCCAGAGUGGCCCUCAGCAACUGCAAAGGUUUGCAUGGUGUCAUAACAACAGAGGAAGAACAGUAUUUAAUAGAGCCAUUACAGAACAUGUCCUUGACAAACUCGCCUGAAUGGAACCUGGAUGAAGCACAGCAGCAUGUUAUUUAUAAAAUGUCUGCCAUUCCCUCACCACAAGAGCAUAGCCAGGAGUUCAGCUGUGGCCUUUCAGAUCUCAGUGCAUCUUGUCAGUUAAGAACAUCGCCCAGUGGUCCCCAGUCACCUGCUUCACAAAAUGAGUUUUCCAAUAGUACCCACAGACCGAGGCGCUCUGUCAGCACUGAGCGCUUUGUGGAGACACUAGUUGUUGCUGAUAAAAUGAUGGUCGGUUAUCAUGGACGAAAAGAUAUUGAGCACUACAUUUUGUCAGUAAUGAAUAUUGUUGCCAAACUUUACCGUGAUGCCAGUCUAGGAAAUGUUGUGAACAUAAUAGUCACACGUUUAAUUGUUUUAACAGAAGAUCAGCCUAAUCUAGAAAUUAACCACCAUGCUGACAAGUCUCUGGAUAGUUUCUGUAAGUGGCAGAAAUCUAUUCUGUCUCAUCACAGCAAUGGCAACAGUAUCUCUGAAAAUGGCAUGGCUCAUCAUGACAAUGCCGUAUUAAUCACAAGAUAUGACAUAUGCACCUAUAAGAACAAACCGUGUGGUACAUUAGGUUUGGCCUCAGUUGCUGGUAUGUGUGAGCCAGAGCGAAGCUGCAGCAUCAAUGAAGACAUUGGCCUUGGUUCUGCUUUUACCAUAGCACAUGAGAUUGGCCAUAAUUUUGGGAUGAACCACGAUGGUAUUGGGAACUCUUGUGGUACCAAAGGCCAUGAGACAGCCAAACUGAUGGCUGCUCAUAUAACAGCCAAUACCAACCCGUUUUCUUGGUCUGCCUGCAGCAAGGACUACAUUACCAGCUUUCUCGACUCAGGUCGAGGUACAUGUCUGGACAAUGAACCUCCAAAACAAGACUUCCUGUACCCAACUGUGGCCCCAGGGCAGGUGUACGAUGCAGAUGAGCAGUGUCGCUUCCAGUACGGAGCCUCUUCACGCCAGUGCAAAUAUGGGGAAGUGUGUAGAGAGCUCUGGUGUCUUAGCAAAAGCAACCGCUGUGUCACUAACAGUAUUCCUGCUGCUGAAGGAACUCUGUGUCAGACUGGCAGUAUCGACAAAGGGUGGUGCUACCAAGGGGAGUGUGUUGCCUUUGGGACGUGGCCUCAGAGCGUAGCUGGAGGCUGGGGACCCUGGUCCAUGUGGGGCGAAUGCAGUCGGACUUGUGGCGGUGGUGUGUCCUCCUCCAUGAGGCACUGUGACAGCCCAGCCCCAUCAGGAGGAGGCAAGUACUGUCUAGGAGAGAGGAAGCGUUACAGAUCCUGCAACAUAGAUGCAUGCCCUGUAGGGUCUCGUGAUUUCCGAGAGAAACAGUGUGCUGACUUUGACAGCAUGCCUUUUCGAGGGAAAUACUAUAAUUGGAAGCCAUACACCGGUGGUGGUGUCAAACCCUGUGCCCUAAACUGUUUGGCUGAGGGAUAUAACUUCUACACAGAGCGCUCCCCAGCUGUAAUAGAUGGUACUCGCUGUCAGGCGGACUCACUGGACAUUUGUAUCAAUGGAGAGUGUAAGCAUGUGGGCUGUGACAACAUCCUGAGCUCAGACGCUAAAGAGGACCGGUGUCGCGUGUGUGGAGGAGACGGCAGCACAUGUGAGGCCACUGAAGGACUCUUCAAUGAGUCCUUACCCAGAGGAGGCUACAUGGAGGUUGUCCACAUCCCAAAGGGUUCAGUUCAUAUUGAAAUUAAAGAAGCCUCAAUUUCAAAGAAUUAUAUAGCAUUAAAAUCUGAAGGCGAUGACUAUUACAUCAAUGGGGCUUGGACCAUUGACUGGCCAAGAAAGUUUGAUAUUGCUGGGACAGCUUUUCAUUACAAAAGACCUUCUGAUGAUCCAGAGUCUUUGGAAGCCCUUGGACCUACCACUGACAACCUUUUUGUUAUGGUCCUUCUCCAAGAACAGAAUCUGGGCAUAUAUUACAAAUUCAAUGUGCCAAUUCAGCGGACAGGAAGUGGUGACAAUGAGGUGGGCUUCUCAUGGCAUCACCUGCCCUGGUCUGAAUGCUCUGCCAGCUGUGCUGGAGGGUCUCAGAAGCAGGAGGUGGUGUGCAAGAGGCUGGACGAUAACUCAGUGGUUCAGAACAGUUACUGUGACCCAGAUGGCAGACCUCCAGAAAACCAGCAAAACUGCAACACUGAGCCCUGUCCUCCAGAGUGGUUUAUUGGUGACUGGUCUGAUUGUGCUAAGACCUGUGAUGGAGGAGUCCGCACCAGGACAGUGGUGUGCAUCAGGAAGAUGGGUCCUGCUGAGGAGGAGACGUUGGCAGACACCCACUGUCUGACUCAUCGACCUAUUGAACGGGAGUCCUGCAACAACCAGUCGUGCCCGCCAAAGUGGGUGACUUUAGACUGGUCUGAGUGUACUCCUAAAUGUGGCCCUGGUUAUAAACAUCGCAUUGUUUUAUGCAAGAGCAGUGACCUGACAAAGCCUUUUCCACCUGGGCACUGUCCAAGCCACAACAAGCCUCCCGUUCGAAUCCGCUGCAGUCUUGGUCGCUGUCCUCCUCCUCGCUGGAUUCCUGGAGAAUGGGGACAAUGCUCUGCUCACUGUGGCCUGGGCCAACAGAUGAGGACAGUGCAGUGUCUGUCGUACACUGGGCAACCCUCAAGUGACUGUGCAGAGUCCCUCAGGCCAGCCAUCAUGCAGCAGUGUGAGAGCAAGUGUGAUGCCACACCCAUUGCCACCGGUGACGAGUGCAAAGACGUAAACAAGGUAGCCUACUGUCCGCUUGUUCUGAAGUUCAAAUUCUGCAGUCGGGCUUAUUUCAGACAGAUGUGCUGCAAGACAUGCCAGGGCCAUUGACUUCUUCAGGACAAAAUCAGGAGAAGAAGCAAGAUGAACUGUGGACAAUAAAGGGAGGUUGGUGUUGCAAUAAACGUGACAGAAGAAUGAAGUAGACUUCAUCUGGAGCCAAGGCAACCAGAGUAGUGGUUUGUCUGUCUGAUCCUCCUGCCCUCCCUCAUGAACACAAACCACUGCUCAGCCACAGUGCUGAUUCAAAUCUGUUUAUUUUCACUUCUGUGAAGUGGAACUUGCAAUAUUAUUUGCAGACUUUGUUCUAAGUUUUAUUAUUAUUAUUGUUAUUAUUAUAAUAAUUAUUAAUAUUAUGCUAGAGAUCCUCCAUAUUUGUUGUUUAUAAAAGUGCUGGACACAUGGCUCGUGGAGGUGAUGGGAGCCCACAGUGAACGUUUUGGUUUAAUAUUGUUUGACUGUGAUGUUAGCAUGUUGGCGUUUAGCUUUGGUGCACUUUUUGUGUAAAUACUAUGCUGUUGUCUGCUCAAAUACCUGCAAAGUGGCAGAAAAUUCCAAUCUGUGUACUGUAUAUUUAUUCUUAUGUCCAAAAGAGCCAAGAUGCCUACUGUCUAAAGGGGAAUGUAUUAUGAUUAUGACUUAAUGAUAUGUAAGGACCCUAUCCUAAAAUGAAAAAUAACAAGCAUAUACUAUCUGUGUAUUAAUUACAUACAUAUUUGAGAAGGAUUACACAAAACAGAACAUUUAUUUGACCAACAUGGAAGCUUUUCAAGAAAUUCCAUUGGCAGGAUUCACUUUGAAGGAUUGAUUCUGAAGGACUGAGUGAAGCCUGGUGUGGUUGUCAGUUAAGGGGCACUAAAUAUACAGUAUAAAUUACACAAUGUAUUCAAGGAUCUCACAGAGCACGUCUCCAUCAUUCCUCAAUCAUUGGUGCUUUAUUUUGAUAUAUGGUGCUAUCAAACAGGUGGCUGGGAAUGGGAACAUUUACUUUUAGACAGUAAUACCCUGUAAUUAUUUCUGUUGCUAAAUGCUGGUCAUGUUUUGUGUUUUAUUUUGUGCUAUACCUCACACUGGGAAUUGUUUAAUAAUGACAUUUAAUAAUAACAUUGCAUUACGCGUUGUAAUGUACAAUAUCUGACAACCUUUCAGUUGACCACCAUAGUCCUUGGACAUCUAAGCGCAUAUAAGGACUUCAUUGGAGCUGUUAAAUGUUGUUUGCUGCUGCUACAUUUCUGAGGCCAUCCUCAGUAAGACGAUGAACAGAUAUCGACGAGGUGAAGGGGAGAUACUGCAAAUAAUAUUUUUACGGACUGCCAGUAGGAUAUAACGCCUCCAUAAAUCUCUCAAACUGGUCCUCAGUGCUGUGAACUUGGAUAUUUGAAUGUUGCUUAUACCUAAGUGCAAAAGAAAAGUCAUGUGAUUAAUUCCUUAUAUUUUAUAUUCAGUAUUAAUGUUGGUACACUGUUACUAUGUUUUUCAAAUGUAAAUUAUAUUCUAAUUUAUUGUGUUCCCCAUUUGUACAUUCAUGUCACUGCAUAUAAAGUGAAAAUAUGCUGCGAUAUUGCCCCUCACCUACAUUUUAGUAGAUUCAAUUA